AUGGGGCUCCCCAGGGCCGUCCUGGGAGUGUGUCUGCUGCUGGGCCGCGUCCUCUCUGCAGGGCAGUGGGCCACCCAGACUGCAGACUACGACUACGGGUUCGGGACCGAUUCAGGUUUGGCCCUGAGGCUGGUGAACGGCGGUGACCGGUGUCAGGGCCGCGUGGAGGUCCUCUACCGAGGCUCCUGGGGCACCGUGUGUGACGACGGGUGGGACACCAACGACGCCAACGUGGUGUGCAGGCAGCUGGGCUGUGGCUGGGCCAGGUCGGCCCCAGGAAGUGCCCGGUUCGGGGCGGGCUCAGGGCCGAUCCUGCUGGACGACGUGGGCUGCUCGGGGCACGAGUCCUACCUGUGGAGCUGCCCGCAUGGGGGCUGGAACUCGCACAACUGUGGGCACCACGAGGAUGCUGGCGUCAUCUGCUCAGUGUCACCUGGGGGCUCCAAGAUGGUGACACUGAAGGGACAUCCUGAGAGCACAGAGGUCCUCUGUGAAGGACACUACUCAGUCCUCUACUUCCUGGCCAGACUCAUGGACAACUCAUUCCACAAGUCCGCUCACAAGUGCUUCUUCUGCAACAACAGAAGACUCAUGGACACCUCAUCCCACAACUCCACUCACAAGUGCUUCUUCUGCAACAACAGAAGCUGCUCAGCCCUCCACAUCCUGGCCAGACUCAUGGACACCUCAUCCCACAAUUCUACUCUCAAGUGCCUCUCCUGCAACAACAGAAGCUACUCAGUCUUCCACAUCCUGGCCAGGCGCAUGGACACCUCAUCCCACAACUCCAUCCACAACUGCCUUUCCUACAACAACAACAGGUUGAUCGCUUCCGAUGGCUUUGCCUCAAGGUUCGGGACCGAAUCGGGUUUGGCCCUGAGGCUGGUGAACGGUGGUGACCGGUGUGAGGGCCGCGUGGAGAUCCUCUACCGAGGCUCCUGGGGCACCGUGUGUGACGACGGGUGGGACACCAACGACGCCAACGUGGUGUGCAGGCAGCUGGGCUGUGGCUGGGCCAGGUCGGCCCCAGGAAGUGCCCGGUUCGGGGCGGGCUCAGGGCCAAUCCUGCUGGAUGACGUGGGCUGCUCGGGCCAUGAGUCCUACCUGUGGAGCUGCCCGCACCGGGGAUGGAACUCGCACAACUGCAACCAUGGCGAGGACGCGGGCGUCAUCUGCUCAGGCGCACCAACACCUCGUCCCACAAUUCCACCCACAACUGCCUUUCCUACAACAACAGCAGGUACACGAUUCCCCGAUUCAGGUUUGGCCCUGAGGCUGGUGAACGGUGGUGACCGGUGUCAGGGCCGUGUGGAGAUCCUCUACCGAGGCUCCUGGGGAACCGUGUGUGACGACAACUGGGACACCAACGACGCCAACGUGGUGUGCAGGCAGCUGGGCUGUGGCUGGGCCAGGUCGGCCCCAGGAAGUGCCCGGUUCGGGGCGGGCUCAGGGCCGAUCCUGCUGGACGACGUGGGCUGCUCAGGGCACGAGUCCUACCUGUGGAGCUGCCCGCACCGGGGAUGGAACAUCCACAACUGCAACCACGGCGAGGACGCAGGCGUCAUCUGCUCAGACAUGGUGGGUGUGUCCUUGUGCCGUCCUCUAGGGUUCGGGACCGAAUCGGGUUUGGCCCUGAGGCUGGUGAACGGCGGUGACCGGUGUCAGGGCCGCGUGGAGAUCCUCUACCGAGGCUCCUGGGGCACCGUGUGUGACGACAACUGGGACACCAACGACGCCAACGUGGUGUGCAGGCAGCUGGGCUGUGGCUGGGCCAGGUCGGCCCCAGGAAGUGCCCGCUUCGGGGCGGGCUCAGGGCCAAUCCUGCUGGAUGACGUGGGCUGCUCGGGGCACGAGUCCUACCUGUGGAGCUGCCCGCACCGGGGAUGGAACACCCACAACUGCAACCACGGCGAGGACGCAGGCGUCAUCUGCUCAGGGUUUGGGACCGAAUCGGGUUUGGCCCUGAGGCUGGUGGAUGGCAGUGACCCGUGUCAGGGCCGCGUGGAGGUCCUCUACCGAGGUUCCUGGGGCACCGUGUGUGACGAUGGGUGGGACACCAAUGACGCCAACGUGGUGUGCAGGCAGCUGGGCUGUGGCCUGGCCAGGACAGUGCCAGGAGGUGCCCCGUUUGGGCAGGGCUCAGGUUCAAUUGUCAUGGACAACGUGGGCUGCUCAGGACGCGAGUCCUACCUGUGGAGCUGCCCACACCGGGGCUGGAACUUCCACCACUGCAACCACGGGGAGGAGGCCAGCGUCAUCUGCUCAGCUGCUCAGCCCUCCACAUCCUGGCCAGACGCAUGGCCAGCUCCUUCCACAACUCCAUCCACAGCUGCCUCUCCUACAACAACUGCAGGGUUCGGGACCGAUUUGGCUUUGGCCCUGAGGCUGGUGAACGGCAGUGACCCAUGUCAGGGCCGCGUGGAGGUCCGCUACCGGGGCUCCUGGUCCACUGUGUGUGGCAACGGAUGGGACACCAGCGACGCCAAUGUGGUGUGCAGGCAACUGGGCUGUGGCCUGGCCAGGUCUGCCCUAGGAGGUGCCUGGUUCGGGGCGGGCUCAGGGCCGAUCCUGCUGGACGACGUGGGCUGCUCAGGAAACGAGUCCUACCUGUGGAGCUGCCCGCACAGGGGCUGGAACUCACACAACUGCAACCACGGGGAGGUCGCGGGUGUCGUCUGCUCAGACGCAUGGCCAGCUCCUUCCACAACUCCAUCCACAGCUGCCUCUCCUACAACAACUGCAGGGUUCGGGACCGAUUUGGCUUUGGCCCUGAGGCUGGUGAACGGCAGUGACCCAUGUCAGGGCCGCGUGGAGGUCCGCUACCGGGGCUCCUGGUCCACUGUGUGUGGCAACGGAUGGGACACCAGCGACGCCAAUGUGGUGUGCAGGCAACUGGGCUGUGGCCUGGCCAGGUCUGCCCUAGGAGGUGCCUGGUUCGGGCAGGGCUCAGGGCCGAUCCUGCUGGACGACGUGGGCUGCUCAGGAAACGAGUCCUACCUGUGGAGCUGCCCGCACAGGGGCUGGAACUCACACAACUGCAACCACGGGGAAGUCGCGGGUGUCAUCUGCUCAGGUGAGUCUCUGCCAUCCCUGGGGGUCCCUCUGGGCUGAUACCACUCACCACGGUUCGGGACCGAUUUGGCUUUGGCCCUGAGGCUGGUGAACGGCAGUGACCCAUGUCAGGGCCGCGUGGAGGUCCGCUACCGGGGCUCCUGGUCCACUGUGUGUGGCAACGGAUGGGACACCAGCGACGCCAAUGUGGUGUGCAGGCAACUGGGCUGUGGCCUGGCCAGGUCUGCCCUAGGAGGUGCCUGGUUCGGGGCGGGCUCAGGGCCGAUCCUGCUGGACGACGUGGGCUGCUCAGGAAACGAGUCCUACCUGUGGAGCUGCCCGCACAGGGGCUGGAACUCACACAACUGCAACCACGGGGAGGUCGCAGGUGUCGUCUGCUCAGCCUCCGAUGCUAGGCCAAGACCCUCCCCAGAAACGAGUCCUACCUGUGGAGCUGCCCGGUUCGGGACCGAUUUGGCUUUGGCCCUGAGGCUGGUGAACGGCAGUGACCCAUGUCAGGGCCGCGUGGAGGUCCGCUACCGGGGCUCCUGGUCCACUGUGUGUGGCAACGGAUGGGACACCAGCGACGCCAAUGUGGUGUGCAGGCAACUGGGCUGUGGCCUGGCCAGGUCUGCCCUAGGAGGUGCCUGGUUCGGGCAGGGCUCAGGGCCGAUCCUGCUGGACGACAUGGGCUGCUCAGGAAACGAGUCCUACCUGUGGAGCUGCCCGCACAGGGGCUGGAACUCACACAACUGCAACCACGGGGAAGUCGCGGGUGUCGUCUGCUCAGACGCAUGGCCAGCUCCUUCCACAACUCCAUCCACAGCUGCCUCUCCUACAACAACUGCAGGGUUCGGGACCGAUUUGGCUUUGGCCCUGAGGCUGGUGAACGGCAGUGACCCAUGUCAGGGCCGCGUGGAGGUCCGCUACCGGGGCUCCUGGUCCACUGUGUGUGGCAACGGAUGGGACACCAGCGACGCCAAUGUGGUGUGCAGGCAACUGGGCUGUGGUCUGGCCAGGUCUGCCCUAGGAGGUGCCUGGUUCGGGCAGGGCUCAGGGCCGAUCCUGCUGGACGACAUGGGCUGCUCAGGAAACGAGUCCUACCUGUGGAGCUGCCCGCACAGGGGCUGGAACUCACACAACUGCAACCACGGGGAAGUCGCGGGUGUCGUCUGCUCAGCUCCUCAGCCCUCCACAUCCUGGCCAGAGCGGACGAUUGUCAGAGAAGUGCCUCCCGUUCCAUGGUUCGGGACCGAUUUGGCUUUGGCCCUGAGGCUGGUGAACGGCAGUGACCUGUGUCAGGGCCGCGUGGAGGUUCUCUACCGGGGCUCCUGGGGCACCGUGUGUGGCAAUGGAUGGGACAUCAAUGACGCCAACGUAGUGUGCAGGCAACUGGGCUGUGGCCUGGCCAGGUCUGCCCCAGGAAGUACCUGGUUCGGACAGGGCUCAGGGCCAAUCCUGCUGGAUGAUGUGGGCUGCUCAGGAAAUGAGUCCUACCUGUGGAGCUGCCCGCACCGGGGCUGGAACUCACAGAACUGCAACCACGGGGAGGUCGCGGGUGUCGUCUGCUCAGGUGAGUCUCUGCCAUCCCUGGGGGGGGUGUCCUUGUGCCAUCCUCUAGGUUUCGGGACCGAUUCGGAUUUGGCCCUGAGGCUAGUGAAUGGUGGUGACCCAUGUCAGGGCCGCGUGGAGAUCCUCUACCAAGGCUCCUGGGGCACCGUGUGUGGCAAUGGAUGGGACAUCAAUGACGCCAACGUGGUGUGCAGGCAGCUGGGCUGUGUCCUGGCCAGGUCGGCCCCAGGACGUGCCUGGUUCGGACAGGGCUCAGGGCCAAUCCUGUUGGACGAUGUGGGCUGCUCAGGAAAUGAGUCCUACCUGUGGAGCUGCCCGCACCAGGGCUGGAACUCGCACAACUGCAACCAUCGGGAGGACGCGGGCGUCAUCUGCUCAGGAGCCUAUGCAUGGACACCUCAUCCCACAACUCCAUCCACAACUGCCUUGCCUACAACAACAGCAGGUACCGAUUCAGGAUUGGCCCUGAGGUUGGUGGAUGGCAUUGACCGGUGUCAGGGCCGCGUGGAGGUCCUCUACCAAGGCUCCUGGGGCACCGUGUGUGACGAUGACUGGGACAUCAACGACGCCAACGUGGUGUGCAGGCAGCUGGGCUGUGGCGAGGCCAAGUCGGCCCCAGGAAGUGCCCGGUUCGGGCAGGGUUCAGGAUCAAUCCUGCUGGAUAACGUGGGCUGCUCAGGGCACGAGUCCCACCUGUGGAGAUGCCCACACGAGGGGUGGAAUUCCCACAACUGUGGGCAUGGGGAGGAUGCCGGCGUCAUCUGCUCAGGAGCUGAUGCUGGUUUGGCCCUGAGGCUGGUGAAUGGUGGUAACCGGUGUCAGGGUCGCGUGGAAGUUCUCUAUCGAGGCUCCUGGGGCACCGUGUGUGACGACGAAUGGGACACCAAUGAUGCCAAUGUUGUGUGCAGGCAGCUGGGCUGUGGCGGGGCCAGUUCAGCCCCAGGAAAUGCCUGGUUCGGGCGGGGCUCAGGACAAAUCCUGCUGGAUGACAUGGGCUGCUCAGGGUACGAGUCCUACCUGUGGAGCUGCCAGAACAGGGGCUGGAACUCACACAAUUGUGGGCAUGGGGAAGACGCCAGUGUCAUCUGCUCAGGUGGGCCUCCCAAUCCUCUUUCUUCAGAAGACACCAGAGACAGCAAAUUUUCUGGUUCCAUUCUAGGAGCUGAUGCCGGUUUGGCCUUGAGGCUGGUGAACGGAGGUGACCAGUGUCAGGGCCGCGUGGAGAUCCUCUACCAAGGCUCCUGGGGCACCGUGUGUGACGACAACUGGGACACCAACGACGCCAACGUGGUGUGCAGGCAGCUGGGCUGUGGCGAGGCCAGUUCGGCCCCAGAUGAUGCCUGGUUCGGGCCGGGCUCAGGACAGAUCAUGCUGGAUGAUGUGGGCUGUUCGGGGCAGGAAUCCUACCUGUGGAGCUGCCCGCACAGUGGCUGGAACUCCCACAACUGCAACCACAGGGAGGACGUGGGCGUCAUCUGCUCAGGUGCGCCACCCCCGAUCACCCCUUCUGCCGACAGGACCGCACAGGCCAGCGGCACAGGAGCCAGUGCUGGUUUGUCUGUGAGACUGGGGAACACCUUGAACCAAUGUCAGGGCCGCGUGGAGGUCCUCUACCAAGGCUCCUGGGGCACCGUAUGUGACGACAACUGGGACACCAAUGACGCCAAUGUGGUGUGCAGGUGGCUUGGCUGUGGCAGUGCCAGUUCGGCCCCAGGAAGUGCCCGGUUCGGGCAGGGCUCAGGGCCGAUCCUGUUGGACGACGUGGCCUGCUCAGGGCACGAGUCCUACCUGUGGAGCUGCCGGAACAGUGGCUGGAACUCCCACAACUGCAACCACGGGGAGGACGCGGGCAUCAUCUGCUCAGGUGGGCCUCCCCAUGUCUCACCAAUGCCCCAGGUCUUCCUGGACAGUGAAUUUUCCGGUUUCAUUCUAGGAGCCGAUGCAGGUUUGGCCCUGAGGCUGGUGAACGGCGGUAACCGAUGUGAGGGUCGUGUGGAGGUCCUCUACCGAGGGUACUGGGGCACUGUGUGUGACGAUGACUGGGACACCAAUGAUGCCAACGUGGUGUGCAGGCAGCUGGGCUGUGGAAGGGCCAAGUUGGCCCCAGGAAGUGCCCAGUUUGGGCAGGGCUCAGGGUCAAUCGUGCUGGAUGACGUGGCCUGCUCUGGGCAGGAAUCCUACCUGUGGAGCUGCCCUCACAGAGGCUGGAAGUCACACAAUUGCGACCAUGGGGAGGACGCCGGCGUCAUCUGCUCAGGAGUCGAUGCAGGUUUGGCCCUGAGGCUGGUAAACGGAGGUGACCAGUGUCAAGGUCGCGUGGAGGUUCUCUAUCGAGGCUCCUGGGGCACCGUGUGUGACGACGGGUGGGACACCAAUGACGCCAACGUGGUGUGUAUGCAGCUAGGCUGUGGAGGUGCCAGUUCAGCCCCAGGAAGUGCCCGGUUCGGCCAGGGCUCAGGGCCGAUCGUGCUGGAUAACGUGGGCUGCUCAGGGCAGGAAUCCUACCUGUGGAGCUGCCCACACCAGGGCUGGAACUCCCACAACUGCAACCACGGCGAGGACGCCGGCGUCAUCUGCUCAGGAGCCUAUGCUAGUUUGGACCUAAGGCUGGUCAACGGCGGUGACAGGUGUCAGGGACGCGUGGAGGUCCUCUACCGAGGCUCCUGGGGCACCGUGUGUGACGACGGGUGGGACACCAACGACGCCAACGUGGUGUGCAGGCAGCUGGGCUGUGGCUGGGCCAGGUCGGCCCCAGGAAGUGCCCGGUUCGGGCAGGGCUCAGGGCCAAUCCUGCUGGACGACAUGGGCUGCUUGGGGCACGAGUCCUACCUGUGGAGCUGCCCGCACCGGGGAUGGAACACCCACAACUGCAACCACGGCGAGGACGCGGGUGUCAUCUGCUCAGCUGCUCAGCCCUAAAUAUUGUGGCCAGGUGAGUCC